GAAACACUGACCAUGACCACUGACGCUUCUUCUUCUUGCAUAGGCAUCAAGUGGAAUCACUUCGGCCUGUUCAGGCGUUUCCAGAUCCCGUUGAGCGAUGCACCAGAACGUGAUAUUUAUAAGGAGCUGCUUGCGAAAAUAAGCACCUCCGUGCCGGAUUUCAGUGGGAGAUUAGCUUGGAAAGAUGAAGAUGGGGACAUGAUAUGCUUCUCGUCAGCGGAUGAGAUGCGUGCCGCAAUAGCGAUGUGCGGUGACCGGCUGUUUCGUAUUCAUACAAUCAAAGGUCAGCAUUAUUUGGGCUGA